AUGUCGUCCCCUGUGGAGGAACGAAAAACGCAUACAGACCCGAAGGACAAACGCAACGACUUGAACAUCUCUCCCACCUCCGACGAUGAAACCUGUGUAACUGAGCCCGACAUUGAUCGCGACGCGGGUCGCUUAAGGGUUGACACUGCAUAUACUCAUGAUGAUGAGCAUCAGCCCAUGCGCACCCCAUCCGCCCGUCGGGAGCAGGCUACUCGUCUGGAUGAUGACUUGAUGCUCCUGCAAGCCGAGCGUAUGACGUCGCAUUCAACCAGCGGACUAGACGACGAACACGACCAUGGCUCUAUCAAUCGCGCCCGUUCGCGUCGAUCGGACGCAGUGGAUGAGUUCGAUGAAGCUACAAAUCCUCUGCACGAAAAAGCCGCAAUUUACAAACCCCCCGAGAAACCAAACACCCAGAUUGCCGUCUUUGUGAAGAAGCUGCACCAGUCGAGUUUCCUCAUCCGCUACUUUACCUAUAUUGUUCCCCUUGUCAUCAUCCUCUUGAUUCCGUUGCUGGUCGGCGCUCUCAGGUUUCCCAAUGCAAACGUGGGUGGUGUAGAAUUGAUGUGGUUUUCAAUUUGGUUGGAAAUUGUCUGGUUGACUCUCUGGGCAGGACGGCUUGCUAGCAGGUGCUUGCCUCCAGCUGCUGGUCUUAUAGCGAGUAUAUUCACCAAUAACGCGAAGAAGUGGCGCGACAUGGCCAAACAACUUGAGCUUCACGCGGCGAUCUUUUUUUGGUGGCUCGGCAUUGAGAUCUCCUUUCUGCCAACAAUGAAAAACCAUCAUGUAGGUGGUGAUAAGGGGACUAAGGGUUGGGAAAAUACUCUCAACAAAAUCAUUAUUUCCAUCUUUGUCUGGACUAUCUUGAAUUUCAUCGAAAAAAUUCUUAUCCAGUUAAUUGCCAUAAGCUUCCACAUGCGGACCUAUGCGGACCGUAUUGAAAUCAACAAAUUCCAGAUCGGCAGUUUGACCAAGCUGUACGAGUGGUCUCGCUCCACUAUUGAUGAGAAGGAUGAUGCAUUUGAGCAGAAGCCCGAGGAACAGGCUUCUUCAGGAGCCAAGACCCCGUUGCAUUACGCUACAAUGGCCCAGCGAAAGGCCAGGGGUGCCCUGAACAAAGUUGGAAACAGGGUUGGCGAUGUCGCAGGCGCAGUAGUGGCAGAUGUUACUGGCCGCACGACUACUCGCAGUACCGAUGCCUAUCAGGUCAUUUUAGCGCUCCUACGAACUACCGGAGGUUGUCAGGUCUUGGCGCGCCGUCUGUAUCGUACCUUUGUGAGGGAUGGCUUUGAUACGGUUUUUGGUGGUGAUCUGAAGGCUGCAUUUGACGAUGGCGAGGAAGCCGAAGCUGCCUUCGCCAUGUUUGAUCGCGACAUGAAUGGUGAUAUUUCCAUGGAGGAGCUGGAGGCCGUUUGCGUCGAUAUUGGCCGUGAGCGCAAGUCCAUCACUGCAUCCCUAAAGGAUUUGGAUUCGGUCGUAUCGAAAUUGGACAACGUGUUCAUGUUCUUGGUGUUUGUGAUUGUACUGAUUGUGUUCUUGACGCUCAUCUCGACCUCGGCUGCCGGUGUGCUCACCUCUGCGGGCUCUGCUAUUCUGGCCUUGUCUUGGUUGUUCUCAGCUACUGCCCAGGAGUUCCUUCAAUCGGUUAUAUUCGUCUUUGUUAAGCACCCAUUCGAUGUUGGUGACCGUGUGACCAUCUACGGCAAUGCUGGUGAUGCCGGUCUUGGUGAUGAUUAUUUUGUGAAGGAGAUCACUCUUCUUUACACCGAAUUUAAGAAGAUGCAAGGCCAUGUCGUGCAGGCGCCAAACAGCUACCUAAAUGGACUUUUCAUCCUCAAUCAGCGCCGCUCAGGUGCACUUGCCGAGGCUGUUCCAAUCAUUAUCAAGUACGGCACCACCAUUGACCAACUUGACUCCCUCCGGCAGCGCCUCUUGGAGUUUGUACGCAGCGAGAAACGCGACUUCCAGAACAACAUUCUCACCGAAAUGCGUGCUGUCACCGAGAACUUCUCGCUCACACUCAACGUCGUCUUCUUUUACAAGUCCAACUGGCAGAACGAGGGUCUGCGUCUGCAGCGGCGCAACAAGUUCAUAUGUAUGCUCAUGGUCGCUCUCCAAGAGAUCGGCAUCGAGGGCCCACGCAUGAACCUCCAGGGUGCCAAGUUCGACAUUCCCUUCCACAUCAACAAUGGCAGUAUGCGCCCUGCCGAUCAACUCAUCCCCAUCGACGCCGACGCCGAAGCCAACGCCGAGGAGGUCCCGAUCUCAGCAACGUCUCAACACCUUCCCGAGAAUACCGGUACCAGUAGCGGUAGCGCUGGCCGUCAUCCAUCGAUUCUCCGCAAGGGUAUGCACACUGCCAACGCCCGUGCCCGCGGCCCGUCUGUCUCACAGCGCAAGCACGUCGACUUCUCCUUAGGCAUGUCUAACAUGGCCUCCAAUGACAUUAUGGGAGAUGUGUUUGAGGAUCGGGGUGUGGUCAUUGGUGAUGUCAUCCGUACCGCCAACCGCGAUGCUGCCGAGCGCCGCAUUCAGGAAGAGAACGAGGACGAAGAGGAGCGCCGGAGCAGCCGCACUUCUUCCCGGUAUCGUCGCCCUUCAAACCUAAGCGCUCCCUCCUAUAAUGAGGAGGGUCGCCGGUCAAACGACGCCCACAGUUUCCGCAGUGGUCAGUCAUCGCUCAGUCGCAACCGCUUUUUCCAACAUCGCAGCAGCAUGAGUCGCGAUCGUGAUGACUUGAUGGAGCAGGGCCGCUCUGAGGAACCUACUCCGCCUCCCCCGGCAGCGGUUCCUGUCAAGGAGCACCCAAAUUAA